UCCAGAAAAUGUUAAAGGAAAUGUUUCCUAUCGAGGCGGGGGACAUCAACCCACAGAACAGGAUCAUCCCCCACCUGCCAGCCCCACGGUGGUUCGAUGGGCUGCGGGUCGCCGAGAGUCGCCAGGGCACCCUCACCGAAUACUGCAAUGCGCUCAUGAGCCUGCCUGUCAAGAUCUCUCGCUGCCCCCACCUCCUCAACUUCUUCCAGGUGCGCCCCGACGACCUCAAGCUCCCCACGGACAGCCAAGUGAAAAAGCCAGAAACCUACCUGGUGCCUAAAGACAAGAGCAUUACAGACAUCACGGGCCCCAUCAUCCUGCAGACGUACCGGGCCAUCGCUGACUUUGAGAAGACCUCGGGCUCCCAGAUGGCUCUGGCCACGGGUGAUGUGGUAGACGUCGUGGAGAAGAGUGAAAGUGGCUGGUGGUUCUGCCAAAUGAAGACAAAGCGAGGUUGGGUCCCAGCGUCCUACUUGGAGCCCCUGGACAGUCCUGAUGAGACAGAGGACCCAGACCCCAACUACGAAGGUGAGCCCUAUGUCUCCAUCAAAGCCUAUACUGCCCAGAUGGAGGAUGAAGUGUCUCUGCAGGAGGGCGAAGCCAUUGAGGUCAUUCAUAAGCUCCUGGAUGGUUGGUGGGUCAUCAGGAAAGACGACAUCACAGGCUACUUCCCAUCCAUGUACCUACAGAAGUCCGGGCAGGAUAUAGCCCAGGCCCAACGCCAGAUCAAGAGCCGAGGGGCACCGCCCCGCAGGUCGUCCAUCCGCAACGCGCACAGCAUCCACCAGCGGUCGCGGAAGCGCCUCAGCCAGGACACCUAUCGGCGCAACAGUGUUCGUUUUCUGGAGCAGCGUCGACGCCAAGGGCGGCCGGGACCGCGGAGAGCAGGGAGCCCGCGCCGGGAGCAGCCUCAGACCGAGAGCGCAAAGCCACAGCCCGCGGUGCCACCGCGGCCCAGCGCGGACCUCAUCCUGCACCGCUGCAGCGAGAGCACCAAACGGAAGCUGGCGUCCGCCGUCUGA